GGGGCACGGCAACACGAACCGUAUCUAUCAUGUCGGUUCCUAUUUAAGACUAGCAGGAUGUCGACGAGCACCGCCACCGGAGGCGGUGGAGGAGGAGGAGGAGGGGUCGGAGGUGCGCUGACGCUGAUGGGCUGCGUCAGGGAGGCUUCGCCCCCGCCACAGAAUCAUCAUCAUCACCAUCACCACCAGCAACAUCGAACCCUCGGCCUCGGCGAGUUCUCCGCGCAGAACAGCGUCGAUCCGAUUCCAAAAGAGCCGAAAAAACGGCGUUUCCAUCCUCUUCGAGGCUUGAGGAAAAUCUUUCGGCGGAAAAGUCGUGGCGCAUCGGAUCCUAGACUGGUCUCUAGCCAUGCUGAUAGGGAUGCAGAGAUCACGCGGCUCCCACGGGAGGACAUCACCGACAGACAUCCUGCGGGGCGUCCGGAAGAGGCUCGCAGCCGGAGUGCUAGCGAGCUGCUCACCGACUCCUGUGAUCCAGAAAGUGUGUUCCUUAGGAGGCCGGGCAUGGAAGAGUCCUACGUGAAGCUACGAGGAGGAACCGGGAAAUUGUCCGUGUCUCACGACAGCGUUUUCCCCGGGGAGGUGCCACACACACGGCCCCUCUCGUCGCUGGCCAGUCUGGCCACCCUCGAGCGACGGCAAACGAGAAAGAGCAACGAGAUCGAGCACAAGGACUACAAUCAGCACGUCGUACAGAGGCACAGGAUAUCUCUACGGGUGCUCGAGCAAAUAAAGACGGUCAUAGAGAACCGGAACCAGCUAGCCACGGCGACCUCCUCGGAUACCGCGGGCAUCGUGCACAACCGUUUCGUCAGCUUCGAGAAGCACGAGAGGAACGGGGAGGAGAACUGCGCUAAGAAUUCAAGAUCGUCAAAGGACUCGGUUGAUCGAGUUAUUCCCGUGGCCAAAGAAGACUUGCCGCAACUAGAAAGCGCGAGCUUGAAUCACACAGCGGCUCAUCAUCGAAUUUCUGUACGACCGAAAAACCGAAGGCCCCCGAGGCGCACAGUUUCCCAGACAGCGAACACGUCCACGUCAACGAUUACGACCAUCGCAGAGGAUUCGCUGGACAGUUUGGACGCGCAGCUAUCCAGCGUAACCAGUAAUGCCUCUUCUCCCACCGAGCCCAAGAACAUAUCUGUCACACGAAAAUCCUCGAGUCGAUUAUCCCGCACGUCGGACAUCUUCGAGGAAUUAGAGUCGAAACUACCCAAAAAACCACCAAGCAUCGCCUCCCUGUCUCCAGACAGUCUGGACGCGAUCAGCGCUUCGAGAACUAGCGUGGAAACGAACGAAGACCAACCGGAAGUUCCUCGACCUGUCGCCAGAAAACCCUCGAACCGGAUACAGAAGGGCACAGAGAUCUUCGAGGAGCUAGAGUCUAAGCUCCCACGCAGGAGAUCGUCGAAUCGGCUGUCGAAAUCUCCAGACAGCCUGGAAACGUCCUCCUGUUGGUUCUCCAAGUCGACCGAAGGUUUCGACAUGCUGAUGGAGUACGAGGAGUCAAAGCCAGUGGUCCGAAGGUUGCUGGACCCGAUCUCGAAGUCCACCGAUCGGGUAUCAAAGUCCUCGGACAGCCUCGAGGCUAUCGAGACGCUUACCAGCGACGAGUCCAUCGAACGUAGGAGGAGCAGCUUUGAGUUCCGUGGACGCAGAUCAUCCAAGAACAUAUCGAAAUCGUCGGAGAGUUUCGACGUGCUGGAGCAAGCACAAACUGGGCCGGACACCGUUCAGGAACUGCAGAAGAGGAGCAGCGUCUCGGACAUCAAUUUAGCCAGGGCCAGAAGAUUGUCGAAGGGCAUCUCCAAGUCGUCGGAGAGUUUCGAGAUGAUCGAGGUCAACGAGAUCAAAGACGAGGAGGGGAACAACAUUAGGGACGAUUUCGGAAAGGUCUGCAGAAGGUCCUCGAAGAGGAUGUCAUCCGAGAGUUCCGAUAACCUGGAGACCGACGAUCGGCUGGAGAACAGAAGGGUCAGGAGGACACCGAAGAGAAUACCGAGCACCAGUUACGUGGACAUUGUUCCGGCGGAUGAGCAGGAGGAAGAGAAGAGGCCGGUACCGAUCAGGAAGCCGUCUAGGAUUCAGAAAUCAUCGGAGAGCUCGGAACUUGGUAGCACGGACACCCUGGAUUCGGAGAGAAGAAACAAGUUUUCGGAGAGUACCGAGACUAUUGACAGUUUGGAGAGGGACUUGGACCAAGAUAGGAAACAGGAGGAACCUGCGGACGCUGUUGUGGAUAAACGCGAAAAGAACGAUUCUUGGACUAACAAGACCAUAGUAGACUCGGAACAGAUCUCCGUGGCGGACGGUACCGAGGACUCCAAGUCCCUGAUCUCGCCGGACAAGUUCUACUGGCGGCAGUCUACAGAGUCGAAGGAAAACAUCGAUAUCCAUCAACUACUGGCUAUCACCAUAGUUACCAGAAUGGCCGACAAUGGCAACAACCAACGAAGCUCUGUGAUCUACCCGAAAAAGAAGCCGAUCACUGGUUCACAGCCCACCUCCCCGGUAGCGAAGCAGGAGGACAACAAGAUGAUCUUCGACAACCUUCUGGUGAGCAAGAAUGACGAAGACUUGCAGAAUAUGCUCAAUGGAAACAUAUCCGAGGUAUCCACCGACACGAAGAGCUUCAAGGAGAAACUGAUCAUGUUUGAGAAACUCGGUAAAUGAGUUGACGGCGCCACGUUCAUUUAACGAAUACAUAAGCCGUCGAUACGUUUUGGCGGAUCGUAUCGGGAAGAAGGGCUGAAAGAAAGACGAAAAUGGCUUGAGAAGAUCGACACACCCGUUUA